AUGCCAGACAAGGGUACCCUCAAGUGCUACCUAACAUUGAACCCCCCGAGCCCCAGCGUGGGCGCGGACUGCAGCGGCAUUGUCAUCGGCAACUCAUACUGCGUUGAGGUCAAUUUUGGCCUCCCGCGUUCUGCCACAAGACGGCCGAGUAACACCACAACCACAACAGCCUCCUCUGUUACGACUGCGACCAGGAAUGUCAAGCCAUCGCCUACGCAGCUUGGACUCACGGCAGACUGCACCCAUUUCUACUUUGCCGUCGCAGAUGACUCUUUUGAGGGCAUUUUAGCCAAGUUCGGCACAUUCACCUUCGCCGACUUCUACUGCUGGAAUCCAGCUGUUGCUCCUUCGUGCGAUACCCUCUGGGCGAGUACAUGGUACUGCGUCGGUUGUCACUACGACCAGAGCCACGACAAUGACAACGGGCCCGAAGGGUCCCUCUCCAAUAAUACGGGAGUUGUCGCGGGGUGCCGGCGCUGGCACCUUGCCGGCUCAGGGGAUGACUACGCGAGCGUCGUGGGCCGAUACGACACCUUCCCGCUGGCGCAGCUCUACGACUGA